AUGGCGCAAAGCAGCUUGGCAGAGGAUAUCUUUACGGGUGGCGUGCAGACGAACAGCUUCGUGUCCGAGUGCAUGCAGGCGCAGAGGCCCGUGGGGCUGCUCACCCACUCUGGCGAGCCGCUGUCGCCGCGCGGCGAUCGCGUCGGUGGAUCUGGCCGCUCGGCGUACCAGGCGCAACGCAAGAUUUCGCUGGAUAUGCUACUCUCCAGCGUUGACGACAUCGUGUCACAGGUCUACGUGAACUUUGACGAGGAUCUCACCAAGGUGUUACUCAACGCACUCGAUCGCGUCACGGCCUGCGACACACUGGAUCAGAGGGAGCGAACGAAAGUCCGCGUGAUCGACGAGCUACUUGAGGUGCUCGGGGACAAGCAUUACGACCUGCUGCAGUGCGUUAUGUACCGCCCUCGCGAGGUCUUCCUCCGGCUCCUGGAGGAGUUCUGCACCUUGGAGGAUGGCAAGGAUGCCACGACGAGCCAGUCUUCUAGCGGUCCGAAGGGGCUGACGGUGCGCUUCGUGAAGAACAAUCAGCGCUCGCAGGGGCAGGAUGUGGUGAUCAACGACGCGGGCAAGCUCACCGAUCAGAAGUGGCUUGCCCACAUGAACAGGCGUUACCGUGUCUUGAUGCAGGAGUCCGAGCUGGAUGAGCUCUUUAAGCGAGACUUCAGCGUGACCGGGUCCAUUAUGCCGGCAGGCGCUACUGUCACCAAAAAGCCCGGGCACGUGCGCAUCCACAUUCCCCCUCCCAGGCAGGAGGUCCUGCCUGAGAGCAAGCGCGUCUGCGUCGCGACGUCCCUGCCAGAGUGGACACACCCAGCCUUUCUCUCCAUCACGCACCUCAACACGAUUCAGACAACGAUCUUCGAGACGGCGUUUCACACAUCGCAGAACAUGCUGGUGUGCGCGCCGACGGGUGCGGGUAAGACGGUGUGUGGGCUGCUGGUGAUGUUGCGGUGCAUCAGCGAGCACUUCGAGGGCGGUGUGCUGGAUCGAGACUUCAAGAUCAUCUUUGUUGCCCCAAUGAAGGCGCUCGCGCAGGAGAUGGUGGAGAACUUCUCGCGCCGUCUGGCACCGUUCAUGAUAAAGGUACGCGAGCUUACGGGCGACAUGCAGCUGACCAAGCGGGAGCUGGCGGAGACGCAGGUGAUCGUGACAACGCCGGAGAAGUGGGACGUCAUCACCCGCAAGCAGAGCAACGAGGAGCUGGUAAGGCAAGUGCGGCUCAUCAUCAUGGAUGAGAUUCAUCUCCUGAACGAAGAGCGUGGCCCGGUGCUAGAGGCGUUGGUCGCGCGCACCCUGCGGCACGGCGAGCUGAAUCCGGAGCAGCGCGUCCGCCUGGUGGGGCUCUCCGCCACGCUGCCCAACUACAAGGACGUGGCGAACUUCCUGCAGGCGGACUUGCGGGAGGGUCUGAAGGUGUUCGGCCCGGAGUAUCGCCCUGUCCCGCUGGAGCAGACAUUUAUUGGUCUGCAAAACACAUCCGGGGCGCCGAAGCGCAACAAGGAGUUCGAGCUCGAUCGCCUGGCGUACGAGGAGGUGGUGAAGAAUGUGCGAGAGGGACACCAGGUAAUGGUGUUUGUGCACUCACGGAAGCAGACGGUGGGGCUGGCGAAGUACUUUAUCGAGGAGUCGACGCACCGUGGGGAGGAGCACCUGUUCCAGUACAAAGGUGUCAUGCCCUCAGGGAUCGAGAAGAAGGGCCGGACGCUCCAGGGACGCGACUUGGCCUCGCUCUUCGCCGCCGGCUUUGGCGCGCACCACGCCGGCCUCGUCCGCUACGACCGCACCACUACUGAAGGCUUCUUCAGGGACGGGUACUUGCGAGUGCUGUGCUGCACGAGUACCCUGGCGUGGGGUGUGAACCUGCCGGCGCACACGGUGGUCAUUCGCGGCACGCAAAUGUACGACCCCAAGCGCGGUGGCCUCGUUUCCAUUUCGGUGCUGGAUGUGAUGCAGAUCUUCGGCCGCGCUGGUCGUCCGCAGUUCGACACGAGCGGGCAUGGCAUCAUCAUCUCAGAUGACAAGGAGGUGAGCCACUUCCUUCGGCUCAUCGCACACGCCCUGCCUAUCGAGAGUCAGAUGCAAGGUAAGCUGUGUGACCACCUGAACGCCGAGGUGAACGCCGGCACAAUAUCCUCCGUGAUGGAGGCCUCCUCGUGGCUGGAGUACACGUACAUGUGGCAGCGGAUUCGGGUGAAUCCGCUGACAUACGGGCUGAAGGUGAACAAUGUCCGCAAAGACCCGGAGCUCAAGACAGUGCGGUACAGUAUGAUUAACACUUCGUUCACCGACCUCGCCAUUGCGGGCAUGGUGCGUUACAACCCGGAGACAGGCUCGGUGGAGAGCACCGAUCUCGGCCGUCUCGCGAGUCACUACUACAUCACCUACGAGAGCAUCAGUAUAUUCAACGAGAAGAUGCGCCGCCCUGAUGACACGUGGAUCGACGCGUUGGACAUGGGUACCGCUAUGAACAUCGCUGCCUCGGCAAAGGAGUUCAGCCAGCUGAAAGUGCGGCAGGAGGAGCUGGAUGAGCUGCAGAAUCUGCAUCAGCUGUUGCCGAAGCAGGUGCGUGAGUACCGGGUGAGUGGCGAGAGCACCGACGAGACGAGCACGCAGUGGAAGGUGACGACGUUGCUCAAGGCGUACAUCAACCGCCUUUCUGUUGAGACGCAUUCUCUGUCGUCCGACAUGGUGUACGUGCUGCAGAACAUGCCCCGCAUCUGCCGCGCCCUCUUCGAGAUUGAGCUGGAGCGUGGGCACCCCCUCACCACGUACACGUACUUGACGCUGUGCAAGUGCAUUGAGCACCGCUGCUGGGACUUUGAGCACCCGCUGAUGCAGUUCGCGAAUUGGAGUCACCGGGUGAACAUCACAGACGCGGUGUGGGCGAACCUGAACAAGUGCAACCCGAGCAUGCAGCUGCUGCAAGAGAUGACGGCGAAGGAGGUGGGGGAGAUGGUGCAUAACGUGCGCUCCGGUCGUGACAUUGCCGAUCUGGUGUCGAAGUUUCCCUCGGUGAACAUCGACAUUGAUGUGCAGCCCAUCACUCGGUCCAUCCUGCGCGUCAAGGUGACGAUCGAGGCGGAUUUUGUGUGGAGUCGCGACUUGUCUGGCAACUCCGAGAUGUUCUGGCUGCUGGUGGAGGACCAGGACAACCACUUCAUCUUCCACCACGAGUCGGUCACGCUUACGCGCAAGGAGGUGGAGACCGGCACGCCGCACGUGGUGAAUCUUGCUGUCCCGAUUGUGCCCCAGUACGACAUGUACGCGGUGCGCCUCUACAGUGACCGCUGGAUGGGCUGCAAGGAGGACUACACCUUCUCCAUUGGCCACCUGCACCUUCCGGAGGACUCGCAGAUGACGACGAAGCUGCUGCCGCUGAGCCCGCUUCGGCUGCACGUGAUCCCGGAGGAAUACCAUGCCAUAUACCGAAACUACCGCCAGUUCAACGCGGUGCAGACGCAAAUCUUCUACACCAUGUUUCACACAGACGAGAACGUCUUCCUCGGUGCGCCGACGGGCAGUGGUAAGACGAUUGCGGCAGAGAUGGCCAUCCUCCGCGUGUUCGAGCAGUAUCCCGGCAAGAAGGUGGUGUACAUCGCGCCGCUCAAGGCCCUCGUGAAGGAGCGGCUGCGUGACUGGAGGGCCCGCAUGAUGCUCGUGGGGCGCUCCGUGGUGGAGCUGUCGGGCGAUGCGACGCCGGACAUUAGUGCGCUCGCCAAGGCGGACAUCUUGUGCACGACUCCGGAGAAGUGGGAUGGCAUUUCGCGUAACUGGCAGGUGCGCAGCUACGUCACGGCCGUGAAGCUGGUUGUGUUCGAUGAGGUGCACAUGCUGGGCACCGACCGUGGUCCGAUCCUGGAGGUGAUUGUGAGCCGCAUGCGUUACAUUGGAUGGAACCUGAAGGCGCCGAUCCGCUUGGUGGGGCUCUCCACGGCCGUCUCGAACCCGGGCGACCUGAGCUCGUGGCUUGGUGUGGAGAAGAAGUGGGCCGUGUUCAACUUUGACCCGUCAGUGCGUCCGGUGCCGAUGACAGUGCACAUUGCGGGCUACCACGGCAAGAACUACUGCCCCCGCAUGGCCACCAUGAACAAGCCGACGUACAACGCCAUUUGCGAGAAGAGCCCGACGCAGCCGGUGAUUGUGUUCGUGUCGUCGCGGCGGCAGACGCGACUCACGGCCAUGGCCCUCAUCGGCUUUCUGCUGAUGGAGGGCAACACGGCCAAGUGGGUGCACAUGAAUGUAGAUCAGGUGCAGGAGUACACCUCAAAGCUGGAUGACCCGUACGUGAAGCACUGCCUGCAGUUCGGCGUCGGCAUCCACCACGCCGGGUUGCUGGAGAGCGACCGCACGAUUGUGGAGGAGACCUUCCUGACAAAUCGCAUUCAGGUGCUGGUCGCGACGUCGACGUUGGCGUGGGGUGUCAACUUCCCUGCGCACAUGGUUGUGGUGAAGGGCACCGAGUACUACGACGCCAAGACGAACUCCUACGUGGACUUCCCGAUCACUGAUGUGCUGCAGAUGAUCGGUCGUGCCGGGCGUCCGCAGUUUGACACAGAGGGCGUGGCCCAGGUGCUGUGCCACGAGCCCAAGAAGGGCUUCUACCGCAAGUUCCUCUACGACCCUUUCCCGGUGGAGAGCGCGUUGCACAAGCAGCUGCACGUCCACAUCAAUGCCGAAAUUGUGUCAGGGACGAUCAACACUCGUCAGGAUGCGGUGAACUACCUGACGUGGACCUACCUCUUCCGCCGAAUUGCACGCAACCCCUCCUACUACGGCCUGGAGGACGGCUCUCCCAAGGCGGUCACGAUCUUCCUCUCCACCCUGGUGAAGGGCGUGCUGGCGGACCUUGAGCGGUGCGGCUGUAUUGAGCAGCCGGAUGCAAUGGACGAGGACGCGGACCCGGAUGCGAUCCAGUAUACCGUUCUGGGCAAACUCUGUUCGUACUACUACAUCUCCCACAUCACGGUGGACUUGUUCAACCGCAACAUCGAGCCGGAUCACUCUUGCGGCGAGCUUCUGCGUCUCCUGUGUGACGCGGAGGAGUUCAAUGAAUUGCCGGUGCGCCACAACGAAGACAAGCUGAACAUGGAGCUGGCGCGUCAGCUGCCGCUGCCCGUCCGCGACGCAGAGGCGGACAGUCCGCACGUCAAGGCGUUCCUCCUCUUCCAGGCGCUCCUCGAGCGUGCGUCGAUGCCUAUCACGGACUAUAUUACAGAUCAGAAGUCCGCCAUGGACAACGCAGUGCGUGUGAUUCAGGCCAUGGUGGACGUGGCCGCCAACAACGGCCACCUGUACGCCGCGCUGCGUUGCAUGACGCUCAUGCAGUGCAUGGUGCAGGCCCGCUGGUGGGACGAUAACUCUCUGCUGCAGAUCCCGAAUGUAGUCAAGGCGAUGCUUCCGGUGAUUGAAAAGGAGUGCGACGGGGUGCAUGACGCGGCGGAGCUGGCGAACCGCCCGUUGGCAGUGCUGCAGAAGUUCCAGAAGGUGCUCGAGAUGCCCAUGUUCGGGCUGCGAGAGCGGGACGUGAACGAGUCCAUGGAGGCGGUGCGCGGGCUGCCGCUUAUCCAGGUUGACCUCACCAUUCGGCAGCAGCAGGGUGGUGCAGCGGAGGAGAUGGAUACGGAGGACGAGGAGACUGUCGUGACGUACGAGCUGGCGGUGCAUCUGCAGCGACUUUCCUUCGGACAGAAGAGGGUCAUUGCGCCGCACUUCUCGAAGGCCAAGGAUGAGCAGUACUGGGUAGUCGUCGGCCACGAGCCCACAGGCGAGCUUGUUGCAUUGAAGCGUGUGAAUCGGCUGCGACAGAGCAGCACGGCGACGCUGCGGAUCGACUGGGACGAGGACUGGGUGCAGUACAGCCCCGACGGCACCGUGGAGCUGAAUGUGUAUCUCGUGUGUGACUCGUAUAUCGGGAUGGAUCAGCAGUACAGCUUCAUCCUUCCUCCUCCAAGCUGA